CCUCCCACCCUUCCCACCGUCUUGCUCGAACCAACAAAACCAUCGCUUUCUCCGGAUUCUUCCCUCCCGAUACUUUUCAACAUCUCUCUCCCCCCUCUUUCCAGACGUACCUUUUUUACCCUCCCACCGCAUCAUCAAACCUCUAAACCACAAAAACGCUUCCACAAACGAUCAUACAUACCAAACGACCUAAAAGAAAAAGCAUUGCUUUCUUCCAACGACCUCUUCUACCUUGAACCUAUUCAUCGUACACAUUUUUACCACUCGCACAACGUCGACUCGGCAGGUUUCAUUGUUUGUGUUUCAAACUGCAAUAAUACCGCACAGCUCGGCUCGCCCACAUAAGACCAUCCGCACAUCCGCCACACUGCCUCCCAACCAACAAAAAACGGCACCCCUUCUCCGACCUUCCACCACGACAUCACCACGGCAUCUACUUCCGAAACAUUCAUAGAUAAUGUCUUCAUACUACCAGUUUAACCACCACCAGGCGCAUCCCACCCCCGCCGUCCCCGGUGCCUCCCACAACCACCAUGGCGGCCGCAAUCGCAGAGCGCCCCGUCUCUCCGUCUCCCAGAACCAGCACAAGCAGUUCCGUGGCGUGCGAAGCAUGAAGGAGCUGACCGAGUCCGCUACUCUCAACGCUUUCCGCACAAAGUUCGAGGCCGGCCGCUCUUUCGACCUCGAAGACGACAUGGAAUUCUGCCCUGGCCUGUUGACCGACAGCGACAUGAACUCCAUCCACAGCUCUUCUGAGCGUUCGUCUCUGGCCAGCAACUCUCCCGAGUCCUCGCCGACGCAGCAACCCCAGACCGUCGCCCCUGGGUUCUCGUUGAAUUCUUCUUCUCCCGCCUUCAUCCCUCCCGCGUACCAGCAGUCUAGCCUGAAGCUUCACCAGCCCGCGGCUACCCGCGCCCGCAAUGCCAUUCCCAUCGUUAACCCUGCCACCGGCAUCACCAUGUCGAGCCCGCCGCCUUCGGUUUCCCCCGCCAGGAUGCAGCAGGGCAUGGGUCGCAGAUGGUAAGGAGUUGAUCCCGCUCUCGUGACAGAGGGUUUGGGGUCACACUCCCUACCUUUUGUGCCGAUGCAUGCUGAAGUGUAAAAUUUCUGCUCAUUCGGCUUGUUUAGACCGGCCAUCUUGGCGGGCACCGAAAAAAAAGAAGACGAAAAAUGGCAAUGGCAUCGAUGAUUUUCUCUCUUGCGGGCUGGGUACCUCAAGGUAAUGGCUAGACUGCCGGCGUGGUCUGGCCAUCUGUUGGCUCAAACAACAUUCCUCUCCUGUACAAACAACCUCAACGACAUACCCUGUUUAACCGACAAAACCCUUCGAGGCUUUUUAUCAACGGCGCGGAAUGAGAAGUUAUCGAUACCAUUUCUCCUUUUUUGGGUACUUUCGACUACAAAAAAAACUCGACAAAAAUCUUUCGGUGUCCUUACCUCGCAAGAUGAGGUUGGACUUGCACGAAUGGCGUUUUCCACACGGAUGGUUUUGCAUUUUCAUGACAUGCAUCGGUGUGAAAUCACACCACGGCGGAGUUCUCGGAUAUAAUUAAUUCUCGGCAUCUUUUUUCACGGACAGCGGGACGACUUUUUUGUUUUCCAAGAUGAUUCAAAAUUUCUGUUGCUCAUCAUGGUGCUCGACGGGUCACGAAGUCAUUCCGGAAAAGAUUAUCUCGACAUAUAGAAUGAGUGUCUUUUCAGCAACUUAUUCGGAGCGGGGGGGCAACAGGUGUUUCUGUUAUGGGCUCACAUGGGAAAUAUCAAAUGGGUGGUGGCGGGCAAAGACAUGCGUUGCUAUUGUUUUGCGGCAAAUCUCCAAAGCUUGGAAACGGUACCGGGAAAUACCUUUUUGGGAAAGGUGGAGUUGGUCAUGAAUUUUGGGUGCGGCCUGCUGGCGAACCUCUGCAUUGUUACCUUGUUUGGUUGAGCGAUGCGGACGGGGAUCGCGCAGUCCUUUGUUGCUUUGUUGCGCCUCUUCUCUCAUUUCAUUAUUCGAGGAUGGACUAUUCUUACUACUAUUGCUCGAUAUUCCGGCGGUGCAGGUCUAGCACCUCGCGACACUGGAAACGGUUGGUGGUGGUGGAGUCAUACCUUGUCUGGGCACUUUCGCGAGCAUCUCGGAAGAGUUGUGUGUUUCUUGGGUAGCGGUUUUGAGACGAUAAAUGGCUCUUGUGGUUACUGGGUCGGAGAACGGGAUACCUUUUGGGGUUGUACAGGAAACGCUCAAGAUGCGAAUGGUGUUGAAUGGGAUUAGACCAAGCUGUCUGAUCUUGUGGCGCGAAGCCAGCAAGGCGCAAUGCAAUAUACGAUAUGUUCAUCAAAACCUGUUCAUCAUGAGUGUCGUUCAGUGAGUGCCAAGCAUCACAGUAAGUGACCAGCUACUGAUAGCUUUUAAAUCAUGGCGAC